UCAGUCUCUUUCUUUGUUUUGCCCCUCACUUUCUGCAAUCAUCUGUUCCCUUCUCUUUGUUUCUUUCUUUCGAUUGUGCGCCUUGGCCCUGGCCCUAGGAAAAUUCUUGCGCCCGGACCCUGCUUCAAUUGUGCUCUGACUCAAUUUUCCCUAUCCACUGUUUGCAUCGCUCAACUUAAGCUGUGGUUCACAAGAUCGUCUCGAGCGCUCGAGCUCCCGAGGUCUCCCCACCUUUUGUGUGCGAUUUCCUGGACUCAAAUUGAUCGGAUUCGCCCUCUCUCACUAUCGAAAUAACUAUCAACAUCAUCCAGAACUGCGGUCACGCUUGUUCUGGUUUUUUUCUUUCUUGGAAAGGUGUGUGCAGGAUGAGCCCUGGAGCGCGUUAUCGCACCAUGUCUCCGAGUAGUUCGCGCAUGGUUGACCCCAUGCGUGCCUCCACCGGAACGGUCCCGCUCAGCUCCCCCUACGACCCUUACGACCUCUCAGCCGUCCGUCAGGGGCUUCCGGCGUCUUAUACGUCUUCCCCGGUUCAUGAACCCCGGUACCUGCGGGAACCGCGAUUGGAGGCCCAGCGGAUUUCAUCCAAGUCCUAUCGAGACUCGGAUCAUGGCACAAAAGUGAGGACUGAGUACGCUAUCCGUUCUCGGCCGCGGAGCAGCACGACCUCGGUGGCAGAUGGACGACCAGAGAAUCUUCAUCCCAGAGCCUCCCCGGUAAUCACGGCAGGCUAUGGUCGGACCCCAAGUCCUCUUCCGAACCACGAACGGUACCUGGUGCCCGCGUCUACGAGUCGGCAUCAAAGGCACUACCACCUUGCGCCUACGGAUUAUUCCAGUGAUACCGGGCGGCUGGAUCCCAAUGCGCGAGCUGGGAGGUCGCGGACGGCCCACGGCGCCUACCGGGGCUACGAACAUAAUGACCGGUGGCGAUACCCGCCCAUGGGAAAACUUCGCAAGGGCGAAGACAUUGACGAUUACGAGUCCUACACCUACACCAAUCCUCGCGAGCAGUUUGAGAAAGAUUCGGCGGCGAGGUUGCGCUCCGACCGGGGCGGUUACCGCCGCGAUAGACCACUGAGUCUGACGGGGAUUGACGAUUCCCAAUGGACGCAGCGCAAAGAGCCCCGAGCGCUGGGCCCCCCUCCGUCCCAGAGGGGGUUCGAAAGGCUCGAUCCGGACCGUCGUCUCACCUACACGUCCGGCGACAGCGACGCUGAUCUCACCAGCGCACGGCGACGACGACCGCCUGUCGCUUUGCACCAGGACCCCGACGAAGUAUACGACUCCUACCGGGACGACCGUGAGGAGGACCAUCAUCGACGCCACCGGCGACGACCCCAGCGACCCGAUGAGGUGGGCAGUCGGCCCUCUCACGGAGACGACCGCUCGCCACGGACGCCCGCUACAAAAGACUUGGUUCUUUCGGGGGGCGCACCCGGUCUGGGGACGGCGGGUCUGGCGAGUGGGUACUCGGGGGACUAUGAGCUGUCGCCCCGCCCCGACCGGCCGCACCCAGACGACCACGACGGCCGUCCGCGUCAUGGCCGGUCGCGCCGACCGUCCCGACGCCGGGCUGGGAGUGACUCUGACGCGUAUAGUUCCGACGAGGACCUCAAGAACUACCGUCGAGAACCGCCCGCCCCGCGCAAACUGCCGAGCCCCAACGGAUCGCCCAGCGGCAGUGACCGGUCCUUGGGGAUUGAACCACGUCGACACCGGACGCACUCGCGGCGACGGACCGGAGACGUGUCUAGUCCGCGGCAAUCCGGCAGGCUCAGCAGGAUCGAGUCGCCCCCAACCAAGGACAUAAUGGACACGCCGCCCAAAGGGAUUCUGAAGCGCCCCAAGGCCAGAUUCCCCGAAGAUCCCAAUCCAGUGCGGGAGGGCGUCGCCCCGCUCAAAGACGCGCACAGCAAAGGCAUCCCGCCGGGAGCCCGGUGGACCAAGAUCGAUCGACGACUGGUCAACCCAGCGGCGUUAGAAGCCGGUCACGAGCGGUUCGAAGAACGGAGCGAGUACGUGAUUGUCCUGCGGGUGCUAAGCAAGGAGGAGAUCCAAGCGUACGCGCUCAAGACGCAAGAGAUCCGAGAUGAGCGCUACCAAGAGUAUGUAAACGAACGCCGGCGCCGACGCGAAGAAGACCGACGACACGGUCGCAUCACAGACGACUUCUCCAGCGGCGACGAGGAAGACGACGACGAGGCGCCUCUGGCCAUUGAGGGAACGUCUGACUCCAAGUCCGCGAGGGUGUCGAAACCGAUGACUGAGCCGGCAAAAGCGGCUGCAUAAUUUUUUUUCCCCUAUUUUCUUUUUAUUCAAUAUAUCCUCUUUUUCCCUUUUUGGCCAACCUCAGCAAGCAAUGCUGGUGAUCAUGUGGCGGGCGAAGAUCAAUCGCAUGGAUGCACAGCGCGUACGGAGUACGCAUCUGCUGUCUCUGGGCG